AUGCAAAGCGAUUCGGCAAACCGGACACAGGAUGCUGGUCAGCUCGACGCUCCUCGCCAAACACCAACAUCUUCGUCCACCAACUCCAACUCCAAUCCCAACGAAGCUAGUGAAUUAUCGCCAGCUGCUGUGGAACAAGCCCAACACCAACAUCCCUACCAAUCUGUCCCCUUGCAGCAAACUCUAGCGCAAGCUACGAUGGCAUACCAACAACCGCAGGGCCACCAAGAGGCUUUCGAUUUAGCGCCGAUGAACAACACGUUGCUCGCGAUUAAUUACCGACCACAGCACUCAAAUCAGUAUCUUCAAGGCCAUAGUCAACCAUUUAGCUCAACCACAUCAUCGCCCAUGGCUCAUCAAAUGACCCCCAUGCCACAGUAUGCUGGUGCAGCCAUUCCGAUGCCAAGUCAAGCAUAUUAUGUCCAACAACAGCAAAUCCCUCAAUACUAUCCUCCAAGUCACCUAUCUCAGAUCCAACACUCAAUACCGGUACAGGGACGUCAGAGUAUGGUUUACUACCAGAACCAGAUGUUGAUGAGUCCUGCUCAAACGAGCUUCUACUACCCCCACAAUGGCCAGUAUUCGGGCCAUCCACCAGCAAUGCCUGCAAUGGUACCGGGACUAUUCGUAGAUGGUGUUUCGAAAUCUCAAUCUCGCAGUCCUCCGCACCAGGGGAAUGGUAAUACUGUUGCUGGAAGGCCACACAACCAAGACGCGCCUUCAGCAACGCAGAAUGCAGUUCGGGGUCCUCCAAGAAAACCGCGACAGAGCGGCCACGCUCUUUGGAUCGGUAAUCUACCGCCUCAAACCAACCUAAUGUCUUUGGUUCAUCACGUGUACAAGGUAACACCCGGAAUGGAAUCCUUAUUUCUGAUUUCUAAGAGUAAUUGUGCCUUCGCCAAUUUUAAAGAUGAGCCUACUUGCUCUACGGCACAGGAAAAUCUACACGAUUCCAAAUUCCAGUCUGUCCGACUCGUCAGCCGAUUACGAAAGAGUACAAUCGAGGGUUCCAAAGGUAGCACCGUGCCUACUGGUCCUGCUGUUAAUCCCACGCCAUCUAAAACACAAGGAGGCAGUGAUAUAGAGAGUGUCAAUGAUGACUCGGAGACAAAGACCCCUUCUAUAGAGGGAGAAGUUGUUGCCAAACCCGCUUUACCAGUGCCCAGGCGCGAUAGUAAAGCUCGCCAGUACGAGGACAAAUUCUUCAUCUUAAAGAGCUUGACAACAGAAGACUUGGAUCUAAGUGCCGCGGAUAAUGUUUAUUUAAUAUUCUCAGCUAAUAAAUCAGGCGAAUAUUUCGGAUACGCACGUAUGAUUUCCGAAAUCAACGAAGAUCCUGCCGCUGCAAUCAAAUUCGCACCGAAAGUUGCAUCUACUGCCAAUGUCGAUCUUCCGAUAGCGAUUCCUACAGAUGCUACUGAAUACGCCCCCAGGGGCAAAAUCAUAGAUGAUUCCGCACGAGGCACAAUAUUCUGGGAGGCGGAACGAGACGAUUCUGAAACUGAAUCUGAUAUGGAGAGCGAAAGCACAAGUGACAAUGCCAAUGGCACAAAGGAUGAAACAAAGGCAUGGGGAAAGCCAUUCAAGUUAGAAUGGCUCUCCACCAGUCGCCUUCCCUUUUUCCGAACAAGGGGUUUGCGUAACCCUUGGAAUUCAAACCGAGAAGUCAAAAUUGCUAGAGACGGCACUGAGUUAGAGCCCUCUGUUGGACGAAGGUUGAUUGGCCUGUUCAACCGGGUACAGAAUCCAACCAUUGCUGCAACUCCUGCACGUGCACAAAUGAAUUUUGUGCCUGGAUAUCCGAUGAUGCGGCCAUAUUGA